AUGGACAAAGAGCCCCGGAGACCAUUUACUUCACGUUCCCUUCCAGGUGAACGUAUUACUCCAAGUAGUUUACCUGCAUCUCUAUCUACCCCUAUAACUUUUCUUUCCCAAAAUUCCGCUUUAAUGGCUCCGACUGUGCAACAAGCUAUCGGUCCCGAAGAUCAUUUCGCUAAACACAGAAGAACUCGUCGAAGUCUUUCUACUUCUUCUUCUAGUCAAAGUUUACUCAAAAGAAGUUUAUCUUAUAAACCUCGAUCUCAAUCAAAUACGUCCCCGGCUACUGAGAGUGACGCAAGUAAUAGGUCUUCGUUUGAAGACUUUGAUUAUUCAACUCCUGGUUCUCCUUAUACUAGUACAACUUCUGGUUUGAAUUCUGGUUCAAAUUCAAGCUGCAGUUCUUUGAACAAUUUAUAUUUUACUUCUUUAUCGCCAGGUGGCGCAAGUCAUCAUGCUUUUCCUUUUUAUCAAAGAGAAAGGCAUCAUUCGUUAUUUGUAUUAUCUGGAAAAUCUACCAUUACAACUUCUUCACGCCGUUCUAGUAGCGUAAAUUCCCAAUUUAAACGUUUAUUAAAUUUAAAAUCUUAUCCUUCAAGUAGUACUUUAUAUUCUGAUUCUGAGACUGAUUCUUUAGAAACUGAUUCUGAUGCUUAUGUUACAAAUGAUGAACAAUCUUCCAUUGCUUAUUCUUCUUCUGUAAGGCGUAAACCUUCUUUUCAAAAAUCUCCUGCUAUUCGUUUUUUUCCUGAUUUAUCUGUUGACGCUGAAGAAAAUCGUCUUAGUAAUUUACAUAUUAUUGAUGAAGGUACUCCUGAUUUUACUUAUCCAAAAGUUAAACGAAAACUUUUUAAAGACCUCGAAGAAACAAAACGUCGUGCUGAUAAAAGUAUUGAGAAUAUAUUAGAUCAUUGGUAUAAGUCUUAUCAAUAUCAAGAACUUUUAGGUGAACUUUUAUAUGUUGAUGAGGGUAACAAUUUUUAUAGUAAUGAUAAUAAACGGGUAUCUUUUCAUUCUCAAAAGAACAGUAAUCAAAAAGUUUUGGGUAAAACUGUGGUCAUUAGUGAUACAGAUGAUGAGACUUUUCCUCCUUAUAAAACUUUAUUGGAUAAUAAAUCAAAAACAAACAAUGAACUUUCUAAAAAUAAAUUUACUAAUAAAAUGGAAUCUAUAUCAUUACAUGGUGAUAAUAAACCAAGGAAUAUUCUUCCAAAGAGAAAAUAUUCUGAAAAGAGAAUGAUACGUUCUUAUAGUUGGCCUCCUACAAUUUUAACUUCAUCUCAUACGCAUCUAUUGACGCGAAUUGAUUGUAUUGCACGUCGUAUUCUUAAGACUGCUGUUAAUGAUUUAAUACAUUUUAAUGUUGCUGUCGAAAUCAUGAAAGAACUUCAAGAACUAAUGGAAUCACAAAGAAAAAUGGCUGUUGGUAAUGCCGAUGCUGAAGAAUUAUUGACAAAAUUAGUUUAUGUUUUUGCGGAUGUAGCAAGAGCCGUUGAGGCUGUGAAACAUUCUUUUGCUGAAACAAAUCCUGAACUUUCAGGAGAAGGUGUUAUAAAAGAUGAUUCAUUGGUAUCCGGUCAUGAAUGGUUAUUACCUUCACCAUUAUCAUCUCCAUCACUUCCUUUAACUCCUUCCUCAUACUCCCCACCACGAACAUUAUUUCAAAUACAAGAACGACGUAAAUCUUCUGCUGAAUUUGAUGGAAAAUCAAAUUCACCUUUACCUCCUACAUUUUCAUCUCCAUUGGCUCGUCAUGUUUUGAUGCCCCCAAAGAUACAUGCAAAAGAUUCCCUUGAAAAACAUCGUGAAUUUGCUAUGGAAGCUGUAUUUGAGAGUCCAAUAAUGUAUGUCCCUCCUCCAACAAAUACAGAAGAACUUUUUACUUAUACUAUAACAAGAAAACAAGUAGAUCAAAUGAUUCAUGAAGAAAUGAAUAGGGAAAUUGAUUAUGGUAUAAUAUUGAAAAAACAACAAGAUUCGCUAAAGAAUGCGUUUCAGAGUCCCUCAUCAUCGACUGCAGCAUCUCCUGUUGGAUCUCCAACUCGAACGGCAAUUCAGUCAAGUCCCAUUCGCAACAUUAGUGUACCACCUUCACCGAGAGAAAAAUCACGUUCACUUUCUAUCGAUUCAAGAUCAACAGCAAUAUCUCGCCGUAAUUCAUCGUUACAAUUAAGAGGCGAUAAUAAUCUUAUCGGUAGUCACAGUCUUGCAACUCCAUAUCAACCUCAAAAUGAUUAUAUACUGUGCCGUAUUUGUGAGGAAAUGAUUCCUAAUUAUGAGAUGGCCGCACAUUCUGAAACUUGUGCCAUCACAACUGAAUACGCAUUUAAAUUAAAAGAAUGUGAUGGUAGACUUAGCAGAUUAGUUGGCGAUGUUUCGAAACGAAAGGCUGAACUUAUAGAAAAAAACCCAUCUUUCCAAGAUUAUUAUAACAUAAAAGAUGCCGAAGCUGCUGGCAUUAAGGAGACAUUAAACCGUCGAGAGGCACUUCGAAAAAGUGAAAAAUAUGCGACUAAAUUAAGACGUUUGGUCGAAGAUAUUGAAAAAGUCGCUACGAGAGAUGAAAAACUAAUGACUUAUGGAAAUCGAUUACUUCAUGUUGAAGAGAAGCAUGAAACAUUGAAAGUAUACUUCCGGAAAUUACGGUCAACUAAAACGGUUUCAAAUAGCGGAACACUGGCUAUUAGCACUCCCUCUUCAGUUACUACAACAAAUCCGAUGGAAACUGCAGCUUUACAAAUACCUCAAAAAACUGCUAGAAAGCAAUCAAUAUCAAGCCGAGUGUUGUCAACAUCUGCAUCAAGUAAAGCAUCAUCAAACUUUUUAUCAAGGCCUUCAAGUACUUAUCGUCAACGUAGCAAUACUGGUCAAAAAGAUCUAGCAUUAUCGCAUAGGCGGCAAGAGAGUGCUGGAUCAAUAUCAUAUGAUUCAGAUAGUCCUUCACGUAGUGGGAAAAAAUUGAUUUCAUUGUUUACUGCUAUUUUACGUGGAGUUAAUGGCCGUGGUAAUAACUCACCGUAUAAGGACUCUAACAACUCUAAUGGUACAUCUGUUAAUGGUGACAAAAUGGGUGCUAAAACUCGAGUUCCAAGUAUUCAAGAUUUUGAAAUAAUAAAACCUAUUAGUCGAGGGGCUUUUGGUAAAGUUUACCUUGCAAGAAAAAAGACAACUCGUGAUCUUUAUGCGAUAAAGAUUUUAAAAAAAGUAGAUAUGGUGCGCAAGAAUAUGGUAAAUCAUGUACUUGCAGAAAGAAGAGUUCUUAGUUUGACAAGAACUCCUUUUGUGGUUAAACUGUUUUACGCAUUUCAAAGCCAGGAUUAUUUGUAUCUGGUAAUGGAAUAUUUAAUUGGUGGUGAUUUAUCAUCUCUUCUUCAAUCUUUUGAACGGUUUGAAGAGGACAUGGCGCGAAUGUAUACAGCAGAAGUUGUAUUAGCGCUCGAAUAUCUUCACAAAAAUGGAAUAACUCAUCGAGACUUGAAGCCUGAUAAUAUGCUUAUUACCUCUGAAGGCCAUAUAAAACUUACUGAUUUUGGUUUGUCUAGGAUAUCAAUUCCUGAAAAAAGCAGUAUUACAUUCGUUAAAGAAGGAGAAUCAAAUAAUAGGCCUGAUAAAAAGUCAAAGAGUAUGAGAGCUGGCAGCGUGGAUUUUCGUACUAACCCUAGUGGUCAUCGCCCAAUUUCUUCUGUCUUUCCCAAUGAAAGCACAGGAACUUCCGUCCAUAUUAACUUUCAUAGUAUAGAAUCCCAAUCAUCAACCAAUACUAGUACUCAAACGUCAUCAUCAAAAUCAUUAAAAAAGCAGAAUAGACAAAGUUCUAAAGCUCUCUUAGGUACACCCGAUUAUCUUGCACCCGAAUUACUUCUUGGUAUCGGACACACAACAGCGGUAGAUUGGUGGUCUCUUGGUAUAUGUCUUUUUGAAUUUCUUGUUGGAUUUCCUCCUUUUAAUGAUGAUACACCACAAGCAAUCUUUAGAAGCAUUUUAGAUAAUGAUAUUCAAUGGCCACCUGAAGGAUUUUUAUCUUUAGAAGCCAAAGAUUUAAUUUCAAAGUUGUUAAAUAAAACACCUGAAAAACGACCUAGCGUAGAUGAAAUUAAAGCGCAUCCUUUCUUUAACGGAAUUGAUUGGGAAAAUAUUCGUGAACAAACAGCACCUUUCGUACCUAAUCCUGAAGAUGAACAAGAUACAAGUUAUUUUGAGGCACGUAAUAAUCGAGCAGACAUCCGACGUCUUUCUGCAGGAAAUCUUGACGACAUUGCUUCCGGAAAAAUAACAUCAGAAAAUCGUAAAUCUGUAGUUUUUGAUGAUGAUAUUGACAUUAAUUCACAAGCAAAUAGUAACAAUAUUCCUUCGCCUCUUGUUUUACAAACAAUUACUGCCGAACCUACUGAAACUUCAUCAGCUUUGACACCCACGUCACGUAAUAAACCUGAUUUGACGAUCAAUACUCACGUUAAACGACAAUCACUUUUAAAGAAAAAAUCAGCAUCAUCUCUUAAACCAUCACCAAUUGAAGAGCCCCCUGUUAGGCCGUUGCAAAAACGUAAGCCAUCUUUAUUAAAGUUGCCUACAGGAAAAUCGAGGAAAUCAUCUAUAAGUGGUACAAGUGACUGCGGCACACCAUUAUCAGCGUCCAGUACAUCUAGUAUAUCAACUAACCAAUUAUCUACAUCAACUCCGGCAUCUUCAUCUUUUAAUCCAUCAAGGCUUUCAACGCUUUCAACGCAUGUUGGGUCGCAAGAACAAUACGAAUUAGAAAAACAAAUUAAUAUUCCUCAUGAUGAAAUAUUAGAUGUUGAAAAUCAAAAAACUAAUGAUGAUUCGGGAUUUGAUGGUUUUCUUUAUAAGGGAGUUUCAUUUUUAGGCGACUUAACCAGAGAUGUAUUAUCUUCUGGAAGUAGUGGUGGAAGUGGAAAUGGUUUAGUGAAAAAACCGUCUCUCAUUGAACUUAACGAAAACUAA